AUGGAUUCUAGAUUAACUUGUCCCGAACCAAGUUUAGAAAAACAUUUGAAGGGUCACCGAAAGAGUAUUACAGCUCUGUCCUUUAAUCCCAAUGAGCGACAGAUAGCGAGCAGUUCUUUAGACAACACUAUUUUACUAUGGGAUCUUCAUGGAAUGCGAAGUUACAGAUUUCAAGGACAUGAUGAAGCUGUCAUGGAUAUUACCUUUUCCCCAUCUGGACAGUAUAUGGCUUCAGCGUCACGUGAUAAAACAAUUAGAGUAUGGGUUCCUACAGUGACAGGUAGUACUGGGGUAUUCAAAGCGCAUUCCCAAACUGUGCGCUCUGUUCAGUUUAGUUCAGAUGGAAAAAAGAUUUUAACAGCCUCUGAUGACAAAAUAAUAAAACUGUGGUCAAGUGACAAGUAUAAAUUCAUAAUGUCAUUUGUUGGUCAUACCAAUUGGGUGAGAAGAGCCAGUAUGUCCCAAGAUUGCACCUUAAUAGCUUCUUGUUCAGAUGAUAAAUCAAUUAAACUAUGGAAUAUUGAGACUGGAAGCUGCAUACAUACAUACAAAGACCAAAAGACCCAUGGUGUAUAUUUAGCAUGGCACCCAUCUAGUUGCUAUAUAGCUGUGGGCACUAUUAAUGGGAAUGUUAUGCUUUAUGAUGUAAGGACACAUAAUUUGGUACAGUAUUAUAGCAUACAUAAUGAUUAUGUCAAUCAAGUAGCUUUUCACCCCAGUGGUAGUUUUAUAUUAACUGCAAGUAAAGAUGGAACUAUGAAGAUAUUAGACUUAUUAGAAGGACACCCAUUAUUUACAUUAAGUGCACAAUCGGGAGCAGUGAACACUGUAACAUUUUCACCAACUGGGGAUAGUUUUGCAUCUGCUGGUGAAGAUAAAUUGGUAUACAUUUGGAAGACAAAUUUUACAGAAUUGGGCAGUGAAACAAAGGAGAACAUAAAUAAUAUAUCUACACCACAGUCCCAAAAUUCAAAAGUUACUCCUAAAGGAAAAAGACAGGGAUCGAAGAUGUGGUUUCGAUGCUAUCACAGUGAUAUGUACCCCAUUAAAACAAUUCUGCAUUUGGAUAAUGGUAAUGAAGUGUUGGAUACCAUAGACAACAUUCAAGAACCAAAUGCUCAUAGCACUCUAUUGGAGUCAGCUCAUCCUAGCACAAAUGUAUCAUUGUCUGCAUCUCGUAAGACAUGCCCAUCUGGUGAAUGUUCUAAUAAUAUUGGAGAUAUUAGUCAUUUACCACGCACCCCUCCUGUACCAGGGACUUAUACAAUCCCAUCUAUAAUGAAUAAGUCUGUUGGAACCAAUGAUGAAACUGAAAAUUUAUUUGGGAUGAUAAAACUUACUGCCAGUGAUGUUUGCUAUACUAAUGGAACUAUAGAGUGGGUUGGAAGGAAGAGAAGUUUUCCAAUUAAUAGUGGAUUCAAAAUUCUUAAAGAUAACAAAAUUUUCCAUGGUGAACCUGUCUUGAAAAAAGUAAGAAAAAUUAAUAGGACCUUUACAAUUGCAAAUGAAAAGUUUAAAGAAUGUGACUGUGCUGAUGUGUUACCAACUGUAAAUGCUAUUGUUGACCAUCUUAAUGCACUUCAUGAAGCAGUUGAUAUAGUAGAUCUGAGAUUAAAUACUCUUGAAGAUGUUAUUGGCAGGAAUGAAUAA